AUGAGGGCUUCCAAGGGCCGUGGCUCACUCUCGCGCGGCAGUCGGCUCUUUGUGGCACCGCUAGACGACAUACACGCCAUCCCCCCCAAGUUCCCACAUUCCACGGUAGAGACAAGGCAAGCCAGAAACAAGCCCGGCGGGGAGGGGGCAAGGGGGCCAUUCUCACUCAGUGGAGGAAUGGGGACGGGGGACACGAGAAUGGCGCAAGACUCCCUGAUUCUCUCUGCCAAGCGUCUCCUCUGGACCUUGUCACAGUUGCAAACCGUUUUUACCGAAGAGGGCCGCCCCCCUGCAAUCGUCAUCCACAUUUCUCUGGCCACAGACGAAUUAAUCUAG